AUGAGUAUCGAAAGCCCCAUCAAAAAUGCAUCAGACAGCCACAUCGAGGUGGAAAAUGAGAAGCUAUUUACGGGACAGCCCCCGAUAUUCAUUCUGCCCACACAUAUGACACUGGACAAGCUACAUGAGACUGAAGAUCGUCUGCUUGAUCAUGGGGGCAAUCUAACAUAUGAUAUCGCGGAAGCGGGUAUCGUUUUGGGCAAGAUUGGCCACAAGAAACGUGCUGCGCUAGAGCUGCGCUCGCGUGGAAUAUGGACCGAGGAGAUAUCCGCAAUUCCAAAACUGAUGCCGACUUCACCUAAAGUCGACACGGAGCCUCCACUUAAACGACAAAAAACGACAAAAGCCAACUUCUCUGUGGAUGCUGCAAUAGAAAUCGUGGAUCUCAGCACAGAAUCCGAGGAAGAAGGUGAAUCGAGAAGUCGACACGAUCAUUCGCGACAUAUCACAGCCAAAGCCGAGGAUGAUGCACAAAUAGUCGCAGUCGUCCAACUGGACUGGCUAGACCGCUCAAUCAAGAGUGGUGAAUCUCUUUCCUAUGGUCCAUUCCUAGUUUACAAGGGACGGAAAAGCAUUGGCGCCCCGUCAACCACCCCUACAGUGCCACCCACUCUCAUAUCAAGCCAGAUCAUCCAAAGGGCAAGAGAAGAUGCAGCAGGAAAUACCUCGCCAGCGCAGCAACACCAUCAAUUUCAAGCUCGACGCUCCAAAGAGCCCACGGAAAAAACUUCAAGCCAACGAAAUCCACCGAUACUAUAUCGACAAUCCACAUCCGAGCAUGAUGAGACUAUCUCACUCCCGCCUCAACCGGACUGGGUGCGCGACCAAGUAUUAUAUGCCUGCAUGCGCUCGGCACCUCUUCACCCUCCCAACGAAGAUUUCAUCGCUCAGCUCGUGAAAAUUCGUCGAAUCCGAGAGCUGACUCUUGAUGAGAUUGGCGUACGAGCCUACAGCACGUCAAUUGCUGCUAUAGCUGCAUAUCCUUAUGUCAUCAAACGCCCCAGCGAGAUUAUCGCUUUGCCGGGGUGCGAUGUGAAAAUUGCCAAUCUAUUCGCAGAAUACCAGCAGCAUGGUGCCUGUAGCCACACUGAUGACGAUGGCAAUGUUGCUGCUGCGAACGCUUUGGAGAGUGACCCAGCAUUGCAUGUCCUUAACACUUUCAAUGAGAUUUGGGGCGUUGGAGCUAAGACAGCUAGGGAUUUCUAUUAUCAUCGAGGGUGGAGGGAUAUUGAUGACAUUGUGGAGCAUGGUUGGAACUCGCUCUCUCGCGUGCAGCAGAUUGGGGUCAAGUUCAAUGAUGAAUUUAAAGCGGGAGUUUCGCGCUCUGAUUCUGAAAGUAUCGCUGCGAUUGUACAGCGUCAUGCAAACCGGGUGCGACCGGAAGCAAACGGUGAUGUGCAAGCGAUUUUGGUAGGCGGCUACCGACGUGGGAAACAGAACUGCGGCGACGUAGAUAUUAUACUCACUCAUCGUGAUGAUACAGUCACGCGGAGCCUGAUUGUUGAUGUCGUCGCUAGUCUUGAGACGGAGCAGUACAUCACUCAUACGCUUUCCUUGCAUCUAACCUCAACGCUUCGUGAGCAGCAAACCACACCAUUUCGAGGCGAUGAAACAGGGAAGCAUUUUGAUACACUCGACAAGGCGUUGGUUGUUUGGCAAGACCCACACUUUGACCAAAGCUCUUCAGGUGGUCAAGAUUCCAGUCGAAAGCGAAACCCCAACCCCCACCAUCGUGUCGACAUCAUUAUAUCUCCCUGGAGGACCAUUGGCUGCGCCGUCCUUGGCUGGUCCGGCGAUACGACCUUUCAGCGAGACCUGAGACGCUAUGCAAAGAAGGCUCAUGAUUGGAAAUUCGAUUCCAGUGGGAUACGGGAGCGCACUGCAGGGGGUCAAGUUGUGGACCUAGAGCACGAUGGCGCCACCUGGGAAGAUAGAGAAAGACUUAUAAUGGAGCGACUGGGGGUUGGAUGGAGGCCAGCUGAAGAGCGAUGCUCACGAUGA